CGACGCUGGAGGCUUCGCGGAGGAUCCCCGCCUGCAGCACCUCGGUUGUCCCGCCGCAGCCUUGCGCCCCCGGCCUGGUUCAGCGGCGCUCCUCCGGGAACCGCGUGGCUGCGGCGGCCCGUGAGCCCGAUGAGGCUCGGCGGGCGCUGGGCCUCAGUAGCAGCGGCGACCACAACCCCUUCAAGAGCGGGAGGCUUCGCGGCGGCGCCUGGGGCCGCGCCGGUGCCCUCCGGAGGAGACUGUCGACUCAGGGACGACCCCCUCGGCCAUGCUGUGGCGGCGGCGGCCGCUGUUCGAGGAUCAAACAGAGCAUACUGAAUCAGCAGGACUGGCUGGUGGUGCGGCAAGCAUCAUGAGUAAGCACAGGGAGGUCUGUUCCUUAUCACGUGUGUAAAGGGAAAAAGGUUUAAACAAGUCUCUUGAGUGGUGUUUCCUCACCGAUGGAGAAUUACUUCCAAGCAGAAGCUUACAACCUGGACAAGGUAUUGGAUGAAUUUGAACAAAACGAAGAUGAAACAGUUUCUCCUAUUUUGUUGGAUACCAAGUGGAAUAAGAUUCUAGAUCCCCCGUCUCACCGACUGUCAUUUAACCCUGCAUUGGCCAGUGUGAAUGAACCUGCAGUUUCUAAUGAGUCACAGCCACAACUAAAAGUUUUCUCUCUGGCUCAUUCAGCUUCUCUGACCACAGAGGGAGAGGACCAUUGUGCUAAUGGACAGGACUAUAGUCUGAAUCCAGAGAUCAACACAAUGUGGAUUGAUGAAAAUGCUGUUGCAGAAGAUCAGUUAAUUAAGAGGAACUGUAAUCGAGAUGAUCAAUGUAGUACUGUCGAAGUGGGAGAGAAGAAAUGUGGAAAUCUAGCUUGUCUGCCAGAUGAGAAGAAUGUUCUUGUUGUAGCUGUUAUGCAUAAUUGUGAUAAAAGGACAUUACAAAGCGAUUUGCAGGAUUGUAAUAAUUAUAAUAGUCAGUCCCUCAUGGAUGCUUUUAGUUGUUCACUGGAUAACGAAAACAGACAAACUGAUCAAUUUAGUUUUAGUAUAAAUGGGUCCACUGAAAAAGAUAUGAACUCAGAGAAACAAAUGGAUCUGUUGAAUAGACCAAGUGCAGUGGGGGAUUCUGUUAAACAUACGUGUUCUACUUCAUCUGAUAAUCUAGCCAGUGUCUGUUCCACUUCACAAUUAAAGGAUGAUGAAAAUACAGGUAGAGACCCAUCCAUGUCUGUGAUUACAGGUUUAACAAUUGAUUCAAUAAUCUCAUCCCAGGGAACAGAUGAAGGUCCUGCUGCUAAAAAGCAAGAGAACUAUAUACCAGAUGAGGUUCUCACUGGCAAAACCAGCUCUGCUAGGACAGAUCUAGGGAGUCCAAACUCCUUUUCCCACUUGAGUGAAGGGAUUUUGGUGAAAAAAGAGCCGGCAGAGGAGAGAACAACUAAAGAAUCUGUCCAGUCUGGUUUACCUUUGCUUCUCAAAACAGACAUGCCUAAUGGUUCUGGAAGGGAGGAUAACUGUGAACAGUUUUCAGAUUGUCUUGUGUCCAGUGACAUUAGAGCUGAUGAAAAGGAAGGUUGUGAACAUGAAGAAAUUCUUGGCACUACAGAACUUCUUAAUAUGACAGAGCAUUUCUCUGACUCUCGGGAGAUGACGAAUUGGAAAUUGACUAAACUAAAUGAUAUGAAUGAUAGCCAAAUAAAUAAAGAAAAUGAGAAGUUUCUGCCAAUGAAUCAGCCUGAGGACAUUUACAAUGAUAGUGGAGGAGAGUGUGAUAGAAUGGCAGAAGCAGGUCUAGAUUUAAAAGGAACUUGCAUGAAUGAAAGUGAAGGAUGUGAUUUCUCCACUAUGGAUACACCAGCAGCAAAUUCUCUAUCUAAUUGUGAUUCCUAUGGAAUGCAGAGCCCAGUUGUUUGUUUUGUUCCAAAGACUUUACCCUCCAAAGAAGAUUCAGUAACAGAAGAAAAAGAAAUAGAAGAGAGCAAGUCAGAAUGCUACUCAAAUAUUUAUGAACAGAGAGGAAAUGAAGCCACAGAAGGGAGUGGACUACUUUUAAACAGCACUGGUGACCUAAUGAAGAAAAAUUAUUUACACAGUUUCUGUAGCCAAGUUCCAUCAGUGCUCGGGCAGUCUUCACCCAAGAUAGUAGCAAACUUGCAAUCUAUCAGUGUUCCUUUUGGUGGUGCGAGACCCAAGCAACCUUCUAAUCUUAAACUUCAAAUUCCAAAGCCAUUGACUGAUCAUUUACAAAAUGACCUUCCUACAAAUAGUGGAAAUAAUGUUAAAAACAAAAAUGAUGUUCUUGGGAAAGCAAAAUUAGGGGAGAACUCAGCAACCAAUGUAUGCAAUGCCUCUUUGGGAAACAUCUCUAUUGCUGAUACAAAUGGGGAACAUUUAGAAAGCUACGAGUCGGGGAUAUCCAGUAGACCAUGCCUUGCAUUAGCUCCAGAAAGCCCAGAUAAUGAUCUCAGAGCUGGUCAGUUUGGAAUUUCUGCCAGAAAGCCAUUUACUACUCUGGGUGAGGUGGCUCCUGUAUGGGUACCAGAUUCUCAGGCUCCAAAUUGCAUGAAAUGUGAAGCCAGGUUCACAUUCACCAAAAGGAGGCAUCAUUGCAGAGCAUGUGGGAAGGUAAGCUGUGUAAGUGUAUCAAGUCAGAAAUACAGCAUGCCCACUUUAUUAAGCUCAAUUAGAGAUUAAUAAAGGCAAUAUAAGGUGAACAUACUUCUGGUUGAGAUGACAUUAUAAAUAGCUUGGAACACCCAGUUUUAGUAAAUUUCUAAAUAAAAAAUGACCUUGCUGAAUCUUAGUGUUUAUAUAAGUUUUUUUGUUGCCAAGAUUUAAGCUGAAUCACUUUCCAUGAACAGAUGAAAAUUGAGGAAGUAUUAACUUUGUGGUUUCUGUAUUGACAGAUACUUGGUUAAUGGAAUAGUUUAAAAUAAGGAAGUUAUUUUUUUGAUUUAAGAAAUACUUGCGAUUGACUUCAUAUUUUUUUAAUUCUUCAGAAAUUGAAUAUUACACUUGAAAUCCAUCCUAGUUUUUGCUGUAGGAAUUUGGUCAUUCUACUAGACAUUCUGGAACUUUCCAAACACAUAUACACAUAUUUUUG